GAGGGCAUGGGCCGCGUGCGCCUGAAGGGGGCGCUGCUGCAGACCUACGUCCUCAGCAUCCUGAUCCGCACGGUGAUGGAGGUGACCUUCAUCACCGUGCAGUAUCUGAUCUACGGCGUGUUCCUGAAGGCGCUGUACCUCUGCAAGGCCUGGCCCUGCCCCAACCCCGUCAACUGCUACAUGUCGCGGCCCACCGAGAAGAACGUGUUCAUCGUGUUCAUGCUGGUGGUGGCGGGCGUGUCCCUGCUGCUGUCCGUGGUGGAGCUCUACCACCUCGCCUGGAAGCGCGUCCGGAAGUGCCACCGCAGGAGGAAGGCCGCCAAGCUGAAGAGGGAGCAGGCGGAGGAGGCGGCCGCCCUGGGGGCCCUGGGCCCCGGGGGCGAGGCCCCGCGGCCCCCGGCCUCCUGCACCCCCCCGCCCGACUUCAGCCAGUGCCUGGCGACCGCUCCCGGGGGCCACCGGGGCGCCAUGGCGACACAGCCCUUCAGCGACCGGCUGGCGCUGCAGCAGAACUCGGAGAACCGCGCCACGGAGCUCCACCACAGCCGCGACGGCAUGGAGGCGGAGCCCGGCUUCGGGAGGCGGAGCUACGACACCCCGCCCCCGCCGCCACACAACGACUUCCAGAGGGACAAGAGACGCCUGAGCAAGACCAGCGGGAGCAGCAACCGGAACAAACCGGCUGACCUGGCGGUGUAGAGAGAGAGAGAGAGAGAGAGAGAGAGAGAGAGAGAGAGAGAGAGAGAGAGAGAGAGAGAGAGAGAGAGAGAGAGAGAGAGAGAGGGAGGGAGGGAAGGAGAGAGAGAGAGAGAGAGAGAGAGAGCGAGAGAGAUACAGAGAGAGAGAGAGAGAGAGAGAGAGAGAGAGAGAGAGAGAGAGAGAGAGAGAUAGAUGAGUUGAGAUGUGGAGAUAUUGUUGGGCUGACACUUGAAAGUAAAAAUACUUAACUUUCUUUUUAAGACCAGAGCACGGUUGAAGCUGUGAUAUUGCACAGGGCUCUCGGCUCUGAGAUUCUGUAGACCAGUUGCACAGCGAUGGAGAGAUGAGAGGAAGAGGAGAAUCCUCCAUAGACAGAGAUCAGAGAGCAAACGAAUCAACGACUGGUGAAUCUCAACCUAAUGAUCACAGACACAAAUAGGGUUUUGUUGAUAGCUCUACUUUGUAGAGGAAAUCACGUAUUUUCACAACACAAUAAAACAUACAUUGGUGGUAACACUCAGCAGCAUCACUAUCUUACUGAGCGAACUGUUCUAUGCAUUGACUGUUGAAGAACAAAUGUGCAUCAUUUACUCACAAGUAUCAACCAACUUAAAGUGCCUUCACGCCUUUAAUUUUCACACAAGAAGAUGCUCUCUGGAUAUAAUCAAAAAAUAUGUUUUCAGAUAAUGAAAGUACAUUAGUCUUGACAAUGACACACAGGUAAAUACAACUGUAGGUAAACCAGGAGGUGAAACAAAGAAGGAGAGGAAAAUACAGGCCUACAAAUCCGACUGUUUGCAGUAUCGGGUGCACUUUGAGAGCAUCCCUUGAACGGUGUUCUACGUUUUUCCAAACUUUGACCUUCUGACUCUGAUGCCAUGGAGCCCCGUUCGACCAUUAGGAGGCUGUUGUGCCUCGUUCUGACCACUAGGAGGCUGUGGAGGCUCAUUCUGACCACUAGGGGACAGGGUUGCGUUUCUUCUCAGACCCUCGCGAAGACCAAUCGUGUUAUUUUUGUCUAAUACGAUUUUAAAUUUAUGUUUAAAUUUAUGUUGAUUUGUCUGUAAUUUGUAAGCGCUUUUUGAUGACUGAAGAUAAUAAAGAAUACAUUUCAUAUCUGUGAUAUUGGCUCGGCUACUGACUUUGUGUUAUAACUUUACACAGCCGACAAAAUUGUGCAGGAGAACAUUUUAAAUGUGUGUGCAUGUCGAGUUUGAUGAUGUAAAGAAUCUGAAACAAACAAACAAACAAUUAAAAAAAAAAUCUUUAUCUAUGUGGCCUUAUUUCAGGAGGCUUAAUAACUCAAUGCAUUAUCCUUAGGCUAUAUGGAGGAUAACAAUCGUAAUACUUAAAAUUACAAAAUAAAUUCACAUUGAUAUGAUCUUUUCAUCAAAUUAAGUGAGUGAAAGUAACCUUUCAUCACACUUGUUUCUCUCGGUAUUGUUCAGUUUAGUGAACAAUUAUUUUUAAUGUGAUUUAAUGUAAUGUCCAGUCCUGUCCUGUAGAGGGAGUCACAUCACCCUUCAACUGAAGGGUCAAAUAACGAGAAGGGUACAGCUGCAGGCUUGGGUGUUUCCGUCAUGACACAAGAACGCCCUUUAGGCGUUCCUGGUAGCGUUUCAUCGACCAAUCACAAGGUGUUUCGAAAGGCAUACUGGGUUUCGCAAGGCAUACUGCGAAGCACAGUCGCAAGGCAUACUAUGCUUUCCUUCCUUAAUGGCAAUUUUACCUCUCUCAUUAGAUUUAGCAAUCAUGGAGCCCCCACUUGGCUAACGUUAGUUCUAUGCUACCCGUACUUGAAACUGCUGUUUGAGAAAAUCUAACUAGCGUAUGUUUCGGAUGUUGACAGACGUGCGAAGAAGAAGGGGUUCGGUGUUGACAGUGAAAGUUAGGCCGGUUUAUAGCAGAGUUACCGUUUUCGGUUAUUACCGGUCAAUGACCGGAAAAAAAUGAGGAGGACCGACAAUUCUAAAUGUCCCAGGUCAGAAUGACCAGUGGCGACUGGUCAUUAGGGGCAAGUCGCUACUCUCAAAAGAAAAAAAGAAAAGAAAAUGAAAAUGAAAAAAAGGAAAUAUAUAAAAAAUAGAAUAUAUAUAUAUUUUUUUAGAUAUAUAUAUUUUUUUUUAAUAAUCUCCCCAGGAAGUACUAUAAAAUAAUAAGUUCGGCGCUUUUAUUUAAUUUUUAGUCGACCCUGGCUUGCUUCUUCCGGCUGAGUUCGUCUGGAGGGGCAAGAGGGGCUUAAGCCCCACCAGCCCAAUGUGUAUUGGGUUUGAAACAUUGAGAUGCGCAUGCUCAGAGUGUUUCUCUGUUGAAGUGGACAGAGAUUAUUUUACUUAAUGGUGGGGCUAGCCCAAUAUGUCCAUGGUGUGGACUUGGGACUGUUAAAUAUCCCAGGAUGCAUUUUGCAUUUUGCAUUUCGCAUUCCUCUUUUAAAAUAUCAGUGUGUAAGCUAUAAAAUAGGCUAUAUAGGAACGUUUUAAAAGUAUAACAAAGAUGGAGGCCUAUUCAACAUAUUUGCAUACUAUUAUUUUAAAAUUAAAGAGGGGUUUUGUUUUAUAUAAUUUGUUUAUUGUAUAAGUCGCUGAUGGAGGAAACCCAUCGCAACGGAA